AAAAUUGAAAGUGAAACAUAAUCUUCAUUACAGUCUCUUUCAUAGUCUUUCCUUUCACACCACUUCUGUCUCUUGUUGUUCUUGCUGUCUGCAUCAUCUCUUCUGCAACUCAGUGAGCGUGUCUCUUCAAUGUUGAACUGAGUCAACCUUGUUACUUUACAAUAAAGAAUAGAUACAAUAUUCAAAAUGAGGGGUUCUUUGGGUGCUGUAAUAGGAAGAUAUAACCCAUCAAGUGAUGGAACUAUUCAUAUGGGUGGAAAUGGGAUCAUAAACCAUAACAGGAAAUGCAAAGACAUAGUUUUUCUUGUCAUUUUUAUUGCCUUUUGGGUCGCAAUGAUUGUUAAUUCCAGCUUUGCUUUCAACAAAGGAAACCCAUUAAGGCUUACUUAUGGGCUAGACUACAAAGGAAAUGUGUGUGGGGACAAACAUGCAGACCUUCAUCAAUUGGAGCUCAAAUACUGGCUAAAUCCUAAUCAGGUUUAUCAAAGUGGAUCGAAAGAUAGUCAGUUUAAACUGGCUGAUGCUCGCAGUAUAUGUUUGUUAGACUGCCCUUUUCCUUUGGAAGAUUCACUUACUUGGGUGUGUAAUUAUCCGGAAGGAGAUAUUCGUAUUUCAAUGGAUGAUUGGAUUGAUAUGAACUAUAAUUAUUACGAGUUCCUCACACCAGAAAUGAGAAAUUCCUCACUUCAACUUCAAGGCCCUUGUUAUCCUGUCAUAUUUCCUACUGUAAAUGUUCACUGGAGUUGUCAAUUCAUCGCAAGAGCAUCAAAUGUGUCCUUAAAGCAUUGGCAGCAAAUGGGUGGAGUUAACAUCAAUGAAGACAUUGUUAUUGAUAAGUCCAUUCACAAGUAUAUCAAUUCUCACUCAGCUGUCUUAAAGAGAUACAUGGCUGACAUAGGAAAGGCAUGGCCUGUGCUGAUUGUUUGUGGUGGGAUUUUACCUUUGUUUCUUUCUGUGAUUUGGCUAUUGAUGAUCCGGCAUUUUGUUGCUGCAAUGCCUUGGAUAACAGUGGUUUUCUUUGAUCUUCUAAUAGUAUCAGUUACGAUGUUCUACUAUCUAAAAGUUGGAUGGAUAGGAAAUGACGCUAUAACACCCAUCAUUGGCGAGCAUGAUCCAUACAUUCAUAUAUAUGGAAGGGAGCUUACUCAUCUAAGUGUUGUCACUAUCCUUAUGACUUUUAUCAUGGUUGUUGCCAUUCUUACAUCAAUUGCUAUUGUUCGGCGCAUCCUUAUGGCAACUUCUGUUCUUAAGGUUGCCGCAAAAGUGAUAGGAGAAGUUCAAGCACUUAUUGUUUUCCCAAUCAUACCAUAUGGUAUCCUUGCAGUGUUCUACAUGUUAUGGAUUUCGGCUUUUCUCCAUUUAUUCAGCUCUGGUCAGGUUGUUCAGAAUGACUGCCACUCUAACUGCUGCUCAUAUGACCUCAUAGAAAAGCGAGUGAACUGUGAUCGUUGUUGUGGAUAUAGCGUUCGUUACACUCCACAUAUUGGAGUUGCCAUCCUCUUUCACCUGUUUGGUUGUUAUUGGGUUACACAAUUUAUCAUAGCAUGCUCAUCAACAGUAAUUGCUGGAUCGGUCGCCUCUUAUUAUUGGGGCCAUGGUGAAGCAUCCCCAGAUAUUCCUUUCCUUUCCGUCUUUUCCUCCAUGAAGAGACUUAUGCGUUACAGUCUUGGUUCUCUAGCUCUUGGAUCUCUAACUGUAUCAUUUGUAGAAUUAAUACGCUUUAUGCUUGAAUCUAUUCGCCGAAAACUGAGAGUCUCAAGUCAUGUGCCUGACAACUGGUUCGGAAAGGCUGCAUACCAUUCGUCUCAAUUUUUUCUAAGGUGUAUUGAGUGGACCGUCAAAUCAGUGAACCGAAAUGCUUAUAUCAUGAUUGCUAUAACCGGUAAAAGUUUCUUUAGUGCUUCAGCUGUUGCCACAAGUUUGAUUAAGAAUAACAUCCUACGGAUUGGGCGUCUCAAUGUGAUUGGAGACGUUAUAUUGUUCCUUGGAAAACUAUGUGUCAGCCUCUCAAGCGCUGCUUUUGCUUUCCUCAUGUUAGACACUCACAAGUACAAAUCGGCACAUAACAAGAUCUCAUCUCCACUCUUUCCUGUUAUGGUUUGCUGCGCUCUUGGAUAUAUUGUUGCGACUCUUUUCUUUGGAGUUAUAGAGAUGUCAAUUGACAGCAUCAUUCUCUCAUUCUGUCAGGAUUCUGAAGAGCAUGGAACAGCACAAUAUGCUCCUACUCUUCUCAUUGAAACUCUCAGUGACCAAAAUGAGAUGCAAAGACUUACACAAGGACCCCAAUAAAAUAUUUCAAUGUAUUAUUUUCUCGGCACUCCAGGAUUUAGAAUCUAGUUGAGAUAAUUAUUUUGCCACCUUAGUUGAGUUAUUCCCCUUGUAUAUAUGUUACAUACUCUUAGAAUUGAGUAUAGGGUCUAACUCUUAAACGCACAUUCAGGUCAUCUCGCAAUCGAUCUGGAACUUCUUAACACAUACAAUGCUGGAAUCAGUUGCAUUUUAAGUGGUUAUAUAUUUUUCGACAAAUAGGUUGUUUUAGGAUAUCGUGAUAUGGGUGUAACCGCAAUGAAUUCUAUACUUAUAUAAUCAUAAUCCUUCUCAAAA